AUGCAGAGCAAUACAGUGCAGGACGCUGUGCAGGAGAAGUCACUCUCGGAUCCUGAGACAUUCUGGUCUCAUCAUGCCGACCAACUCCACUGGCACAAGAAGUAUUCUACCGUCUUGAGGAAAGGCAGGAAAUGCCUCUCCAACAAUGUUAGUCAUGAGCACUGGAGCUGGUUUCCAGAUGGAGAAAUAUCGACUACCUACAACUGCAUUGAUAGACAUGUCAAGGCCGGUAAUGGUGAUUCGGUGGCAAUCAUCUGGGACUCGCCUGUCAGCCAAUCAAAGCAGAAAGUCACCUACAGUCAACUUCUGGAAGAGGUGGAGACACUCGCGGGUAUCAUGAGGGAAGAAGGAGUGAAGAAAGGCGAUGUGGUGCUAAUAUACAUGCCUAUGAUUCCUGCAGCGCUGUUCGCAAUCCUUGCAACCGUGCGACUUGGUGCCCUGCAUGCAGUUGUGUUCGGUGGGUUUGCUCCGACAUCCCUGGCACAACGCAUUGAAGCAGCCAGGCCGAAGAUUAUCAUGACCGCUUCAUGCGCUAUUGAAGGCGCCAAAGGUCCGUUAGAUUACCGGCCUUUUGUAGAAGGUGGAAUAGAGAAGAGCUCGUGGAAGCCAGAGAAGACCAUCAUAUGGCAGCGAGACCAGAGAAGGUGGAAUCCCGUAUUGAAAGAGAAGGGACAGCGAAACUGGCAGCGUUUGGUCAAAAGUGCCAAGAACAGAGGUUUGAAGGCUGAGGCUGUCCCCGUGAAAGGUAACGAAGGUCUGUAUAUAAUCUAUACAAGUGGGACAACAGGUCUUCCAAAGGGCGUCCUCCGUGAAGCAGCAGGCCAUGCCGUUGGAUUGAAUCUCUCCAUCAAGUAUCUGUUUGACGUCAAAGGCCCGGGAGACGUAAUGUUCUGCGCCUCGGAUAUUGGUUGGGUUGUGGGGCACUCUUACAUCGUCUACGCCCCUCUACUAGCAGGAGCCACGACGGUUCUGUUCGAAGGAAAGCCCAUUGGUACACCUGAUGCCGGAGCUUUCUUCAGGAUAGCAGAGGAACACAAGGUUACGACUCUCUUCACUGCUCCAACAGCACUUCGAGCCAUCCGCAAAGAAGACCCAGAAAACAAGUUCUUCCAAGAAAUCGGCAAACGAGGAGGACUUAAGCAUUGGAGAGCCCUGUUUCUGGCAGGCGAGAGAAGCGAACCCAGCAUCGUAUCGACCUUUCAGAAACUUCUUGAUGAAUAUGCCGCGCCAGAUGCCAGGGUCAUUGACAACUGGUGGUCUUCUGAAUCUGGCUCCCCUAUUACGGGUAUUGCACUGAGUCCUGCGGUUGGCCACGAUCAUUGGAGCACAGAAAAACACAAACCACUACAAAUCAAACCAGGAUCAGCUGGAAAGCCAAUGCCUGGAUUUGACGUAAGAAUCGUGGAUGAUGAGGGCAAGGAAGUGAAUCCAGGUAACAUGGGCAACAUUGUACUGGCUAUGCCUCUUGCUCCAUCAGGGUUUACAACGUUGUUCAACGAUGAGGUGAGAUUCUACAAGGGCUACUUAAAACGUUUCAACGGUAAAUGGAUUGAUACUGGAGAUGCUGGGAUGAUCGGAGAUGAUGGUUAUGUACACGUUAUGUCUCGAUCCGACGACAUCAUUAACGUGGCUGCUCAUCGUUUCAGCACCGGCUCCAUCGAACAAGCAAUUCUAUCCCAUCCAGACAUUGCCGAAGCCUGCGUGGUUGGCAUUCCAGAUGAGAUGAAAGGCCAUCUUCCAUUCGCAUUCGUAUCUCCAUCAUCCGCUUCGACUGGUAAGCUACCGGCACAUCCACCGCCAGAGCUCUUUCAAGCAGUCAACAAACUUGUUCGAGAACAGAUCGGCUCCAUCGCAAGUCUUGGCGGCAUGAUUCAAGGCCGAGGAAUGAUACCCAAGACCAGAUCUGGCAAGACGCUGCGGAGAGUGUUGCGCGAAUUGGUCGAGAAUGGCACAAAGGGUGAGUAUAAUAGAGAGAUCAACGUGCCUGCAACAGUGGAAGAUAAAGACGUAGUUGAAGUUGCAAGAAGACUGAUCAAGGAGUACUUUGAGAAGAAGAAAUCCAUGCAGGACGUGCCGAAAUCGAAGUUGUGA